UGCGGUAACUCUCGCGAUAUUUGCUGCCGCCAGUCGGCGGGAGCAGCUGCCGGUUCCCGGCAAGUGGUUUUAGCUUCGUUGGUCGCCGGCGCUGUUGUGUGGAGCGGAGCGUCCGGGGCGAACAUCAUGACGUCCGCCCUGGAAAACUACAUCAACCGAACUGUUGCUGUUAUUACUUCUGAUGGGAGAAUGAUUGUGGGAACACUGAAAGGUUUUGACCAGACCAUUAAUUUGAUUUUGGAUGAAAGCCACGAACGAGUAUUCAGCUCUUCACAGGGAGUAGAACAAGUGGUACUAGGGUUAUACAUUGUAAGAGGUGACAAUGUUGCAGUCAUUGGAGAAAUUGAUGAAGAGACAGAUUCUGCGCUUGAUUUGGGGAAUAUUCGAGCAGAACCUCUAAACUCUGUAGCACACUGAGGAAAAACGACAUACAUUGGAUAUCUGUAAAUCUUUGUACAGAAACUGUUUUGAGGAUGAUGUGCAGAAUUUUUAUGAAAUUGUGGAUUUUGACUCCAUAUUGAUUCCUUGUAAUAUGAUAUGUAAAUUAAAAUAUUUCUACAUUUUCUUGAAAAUAACUUUUUUUUUUUUUUUUUGCCUAAAUCAUAGGUUUGGUAGCUUGGUUUUAUUUUUCUAUUAAAUAGUAUGAAAAUCUAAUGAUUAUUUUGAGAACUUGUAGAAAAAUUUCUGAUAUUUUAAUAUUUAUGGAAAACUAGUUGAAAAGAGAAAUUCGCGUACUAUAUAAAGCAUACAAAUACUAUCAGUGGUGCAGGAUACAUGUGUUUAUUUCCCUGCUUUUUAAGAAAGUCAUAGGAAGGUAAGUCUUGUGCUUUGCAGUUAUCUGAACCAUCUCUAUUUAUCAUGCUGCCCUGGUGGUUGCUCCCUGGCACUUGAGAAGUAUGAAUAAAAAUGUAUCUGGUUGAGAAAAGGAAAAAUGCUAACAAAGUUGUAUGUUAUCUGAAAAAUUGAUUCCACAUAGUCUUAAAAGCCAUCUUAGCUUUUAAUUGUAAGAAUUGAGGAAUUUCUAGUUUUAAAGGAGUUUUUUGUUGUUGUUUAUAAAUGUGAGUAAAUAAACCUUAAGUUUGUAUUGA